AUGAUUAAAAAGAGCAUUUUGAACGUCUUCUUGUUCUAUCAAUUCAUCGUUCUGGUCUCGUCUUUAACAGUAAGCAAAGAAGAUCAAGUUGAACUUUUCAAGCGUGGUGCACUUGAAGCCACCAAUCGCGCAAUCGAUCGUACGCAAGCCAAAGCUCAAAGGGCUCAUGAUAAAGUUACCGGGGUAGGUCAUGUUAUAAGUGAUCACUUUGGUGUCUCAAGUAUUAAGAAUGAUAUGAAAGCUGCUUGGCAUCCUGAAAGCGCUGGUAAACAGCAAAAGCGAGAUUUGGAAUCAAGCAAUUUCAUCAAACGAGGGAUGGAAUACAUUCCACACGCUCCAUCACAAAAACGUGGCAUCAAUGAAAAGAUUGAUCGUGCUCAAGCAAGCGUCACAGGGUUCCAUGAUAGAGUUAAAGGUGUGAAGGAUGUGGUGAAAGAUCAUGCAAUGAAUAAUGGUUUUGUACAAGACGUUCACAGCGCAUGGCAUGGUGAACAUCACAAACGAAGCGAGAUUAUUCUCAAACGUGGACUCAAUAGCAAGAUUGAUCAUGCUCAGGCAAAAGUGACAGAUAUUAAUGAUAGAAGACACGCUGUCGUAGGUGUGGUAAAGGAUCAUGCAAAAAAUAAUGCCCUUGUUCAUGAUAUUACCGCUGCAUGGGGUUAUGGUAAACCUCACCACAAACGCGAUUUGAACAAGCGAGAAGCAGUUUCAAUCGAUCAAGCCUUGGGUCGUUCACAUUCUGGUCAUUCUCGUUUGGCAAAACGUGAUUUGGUCGAUUCGGCAAAUCGUGCAAUCGAUCGAGCCCAAGAUGACAUCACAGAUGCGCGCAAUAAAGUGCAUGCAGUAAAAGAGGUCGUGGGUCAACAUGUCAAAAACGAUCCGUUGGUAAGCGAUGUGAAAGCGGCUUGGGAUACAGGAGAUGCAAACUUAAGGAAGAUAAUCAUAGAAACAUAUCUUACUUUCAGCAACAAUGCUUCCAACUUACGCUUCUUGAUCGCACUUGCAGGUCUCUUUACUAAUGCAUUGCCAUCCAUUGCUACGCCAGUUCUGGAACUGAAAGAUGGUUCAAACAUGGAAUAUAAACGUGAUCUCGUCAAUGUGGCAGUCGGCCAAUCAAGUUCAAUGGUAAUGCAAAAGCGUGGCCGUUUAAGUGAUUUGAGCAACAAAAUUCCUGGUAUCAACGGUCCCCGUGCACAAGCAGCCGUUGGUAAAGCAAGUCAAUUUAUUCAUGGCACGGCUGCCACUCCAAGUAUAGUUAUGGGUGGUGCUAGUAAGGCAGGUAUGGCAGUGAAAAAUCAUCCAGUUACAGCUACAGUGAUGGGCCAUGUUAACAAAGUGAAACAAACGCCUUUAUAUCAAGCUGCCAGAAAGGAUACCGUAAAUUUAGCUUCUUACGUUUCCAAGAAAGGUUCAUCAGUGAUCUCAAAAGUAGGCUCAAGAGUGAAAAAAGUAUGA